AUCGGCAGAUCUACAGACUGUGUACAGUUCAACACUGUGCGCCCUUGCAAUCGUUUCAGAAACUAUUUACAAUUGUUAAACUCAGUCGGAAUCCGUGCAUUUUGUUGUCCAAUAAAACAAGAUGAAGGUGGAUGAAAUCAUUCCGCUUCUUGGCAAUUUUGGCUUCUACCAGUUCGUCCUGAUAUGCUACCUGGGUCUCUUCAAUAUCAUUGGUUGCUUCACGUCUCUGGGCAAUGUGUUCUACGCGGCGGAGACCGACCACUGGUCCAACGUUUUGCCCAGCGAGAAUUGUUCCAACUGGGCGGAAUUUCAGGACAACUGCACUGACGUGAAGAAGUCCAUCCUCCUGCCUCCUCCUGAAAAUGGCUCCAACAGCAACUAUCCUUACUCCAACUGUAAGCAGUGGGAGCUACCAGAUGGGUACGUAUUUGAUCCGUACGUAUCGCUCAGUGAAUACAACGGUUUCACCUACGUGAAGGUGCCAUGCAACGAUGGAUGGGAGUUCGACAGGUCACAAUACAAGAACACCACCAUUACAGAGUUUGGUCUGGUGUGUGAUCAAGGUGAUCUGCCUAGUCUGGCGCAGUCCAUCUACUUUGCCGGCUUUUUAGUGGGCUCGUUCGUUGGUGGCGCAUUUUCUGACUGGAUUGGUCGUAAGAAGGUCGUAAUCAUUGGACAGUGUUUAUGGGUGGCCGGCUUGCUCGCUACCACCUUUUCAAUCAACAUCUACAUGUACAUGGCCUUCCGAUUCAUUUCUGGUUUCGGUAACCUUGCCGCCUAUGUCAGCCUCUUCGUUUUGGUUCUUGAAGUCAUAGGCAAGUCAUGGCGUACAGCCGUGACAAUGUUCGUUGGCAUGCUGUACGCAGUGGGGUACUUCUUCAUUGCGACUGCAGCCAUGUACGUCCGGCAGUGGCGCCCUUUGUCACUGUAUCUCAACGUGACGUCAGUUACCAUGUUCAUACCGCUGAUUUUCCUACAAGAGUCCAUCAGAUGGUUGGUAUCUAAGGGCAAGAUCGAUGAAGCUGAGAAAGUCACCAGGAGAAUUGCAAAGUUCAACAAGAAGACUUUGCCCGAUGUCUUAUUCGAUAAAGAGGAUAUCUUGAUGGAAAUGGAAGCGAAGAAGUCAGCGAUCCCCCCAUCUGUCAUUAACCUGUAUAAAACACCUAACAUGGCGGUCAAGACUCUCAACAUGCAGUGGAACUGGUUUGUCAAUAGUCUGGUUUACUUCGGCUUGUCUCAGAGCACGAACGAUCUAGGAGUCGACGACUACUGGGCUUUCUUCGUGUCGGGAGCCGUAGAAAUCCCGGCCCUGCUGUACGCCACUUUUGGAGUGGAGUGGUUCGGCCGGAAACUGAACACCGGCAUAUUGGAGUUGAUUGGCGGCGCAGCGUGCUUAGCCACUAUCUUCAUCCCGGCUGGUAUCUGGCGGACAGUCGUCGCCAUGGUCGGCAAGUUCUGCAUCUCUGCCACAUUCAGUAUCAUAUAUCUCUACUCUACCGAGCUGUUCCCAACACCAAUCAGAGCCGUUGGAUUGGGACUUUGUUCUGUAGCGGCUCGAGUAGGUGGGAUUCUCUCUCCCAUUAUCCUGCGACUUGGAGACACCACCAUCGAGGCAAUCCCCUUGAUUCUAUUCGGCGCCAGUGCGCUUUUGGCCGGCGUUCUGGCAUUCUUCCUGCCGGAAACACGCGGCCAGAAGUUACCUCAGACGUUAAAGGAAGGGGAAGAAAUUGGAAAAUGUCGAUGCAUGGGUGACAGAAACAUCUAUGACGAGUCUGACGUAGAACUUGAUGACGGGGACACGGCCACAGAGGGCGUCUUUGCGAUAUCCAACGCCGCCUUCGAUCACGAGAACAACAACGAGAAGGUUGAAUAUCGCGACUUCUCUCAGCAAUUUACCAAAAAGCUUCAAGAAAGUUCGCAUCUGUAGACGGAAAAAAAGUAUCCGAAAAAUCGUUUAUCUUGUUUUUCGUCUACUCAUGUAUUGUCCCAUUGACAAACAGAGCAUAGCAUCAUUUUUAUGGACAUAAUCUUAAUUCCAAUAAAAAGAAAUGUAUCGUAUAUUAGCUAACAUUUAAUCGUAAACACUGUAGUUUGAUGUUACAACCUUAAUUGAUAAAUUAAUCCACAAUAUUAUCGAAGGCGUGCUGAUAGACGGCAUUGGUUGUGUUAACCCUGCGCAGCGUUUACAAGAAAUGUGUAUUCGAAGGAGCCACCUGCGUACACUUUGUACGCAGGUA